GCCCCCUGGAAUAUGAUUUAGCUACGUUUUAAAAAAUUAGAGUGCCGCAUGUGAUCUUGGAAAUGUGCAAGGCUUCCUAGGACUAGCUUUGAACCCUGUUUGCGACUUGGUACAGUGGGCCAGAGCAGAAAGUGUGAGCACUGCUCAGGUUCCCGACCCUUCACCCCCAACUAGUGUGACCUUGGGAAAGUCACUGACUUACUAGCUUUUCUCAUUUGCAAUGUCAAAUGUUGAUUUGUUUAUGCGAGCCACUGGGUCGAAGCACUUUGCGUGUAUUCAUCCUUUUAAUUCUAAAAAGCCUGCUGAGAAAGUUGCUAGUAAAUAUUAAUAUAACGUCCAUUUUCCUGCAAAUUAACUAGCUAUGUGACCUGGGAAAAGCUUGACAUGUCUAGAUUUCCUGUUGAAAAUAUUAGAAAUUUCAGUAUCAUUGCACAUGUGGAUCAUGGCAAAAGUACUUUAGCUGACAGGCUCCUAGAACUUACAGGGACAAUUGAUAAAACAAAGAAUAAUAAGCAAGUUCUCGAUAAAUUGCAAGUGGAACGAGAAAGAGGAAUCACUGUUAAAGCACAGACAGCAUCUCUUUUUCACAAUUGUGAAGGAAGGCAGUACCUUUUAAAUCUCAUUGAUACACCGGGACAUGUUGAUUUUAGUUAUGAAGUAUCCAGGUCACUUUCUGCUUGCCAAGGUGUUUUACUUGUGGUUGAUGCAAAUGAGGGUAUUCAAGCGCAAACUGUAGCAAACUUCUUUCUUGCCUUUGAAGCACAGCUAUCGGUAAUUCCAGUUAUAAAUAAGAUAGAUCUGAAGAAUGCUGAUCCUGAAAGGGUUGAAAACCAAAUUGAGAAAGUGUUUGAUAUUCCAAGUGAUGAAUGUAUUAAGAUUUCUGCUAAACUUGGAACAAAUGUUGAGAGUGUUCUUCAGGCAAUUAUUGAAAGAAUCCCCCCUCCUAAAGUGCAUCGCAAAAAUCCCCUGAGAGCUUUGGUAUUUGACUCCACCUUUGACCACUAUAGAGGUGUGAUAACCAAUGUAGCAUUAUUUGAUGGAGUGGUUUCCAAAGGAGAUAAAAUUGUAUCUGCACAUACUCAAAAGAUAUACGAAGUUAAUGAAGUAGGAGUUUUGAAUCCUAAUGAGCGGCCAACUCAUAAAUUAUAUGCAGGACAGGUGGGCUAUCUGAUUGCUGGGAUGAAAGAUGUCACUGAAGCGCAAAUAGGAGAUACAUUACAUUUACAUAAGCAACCAGUGGAGCCCUUGCCUGGGUUUAAAUCAGCGAAACCAAUGGUAUUUGCAGGAAUAUAUCCUGUAGACCAAUCUGAAUAUAACAAUCUGAAGAGCGCCAUAGAGAAACUGACUUUAAAUGAUUCCAGUGUGACAGUUCAUCGAGAUAGUAGCCUUGCUCUGGGUGCUGGCUGGAGGCUAGGUUUCCUUGGACUUUUGCACAUGGAAGUAUUCAACCAGCGACUAGAGCAAGAAUAUAAUGCUUCUGUUAUUUUGACAACACCUACUGUUCCAUAUAAAGCUGUACUUUCAUCAUCAAAACUGAUAAAGGAAUAUAGAGAAAAAGAAAUUACAAUUAUCAAUCCUGCACAAUUCCCUGAUAAAUCAAAAGUAACAGAAUAUUUGGAGCCAGUUGUUUUGGGUACUAUUAUCACACCAGAUGAAUACACUGGAAAAAUAAUGAUGCUCUGCCAGGCUCGAAGAGCAGUUCAGAAGAAUAUGAUGUUUAUUGAUCAAAAUAGAGUUAUGCUUAAGUAUCUCUUUCCUUUGAAUGAAAUUGUGGUAGAUUUUUAUGACUCUUUGAAAUCGCUAUCUUCUGGAUAUGCCAGUUUUGAUUACGAAGAUGCAGGCUACCAGACUGCAGAACUUGUGAAAAUGGAUAUUCUACUGAAUGGAAAUACUGUAGAGGAGCUAGUAACUGUUGUACACAAAGACAAAGCACACUCGAUUGGCAAAGCCAUGUGCGAACGGCUCAAGGAUUGUCUUCCUAGGCAACUGUUUGAGAUAGCAAUUCAAGCUUCUAUUGGAAGUAAAAUCAUUGCAAGAGAAACUGUGAAAGCCUAUAGGAAAAAUGUUUUGGCAAAAUGUUAUGGUGGUGAUAUUACCCGAAAAAUGAAACUUUUGAAGAGACAAGCAGAAGGGAAAAAAAAGCUGAGGAAAAUUGGCAACAUUGAAGUUCCAAAAGAUACUUUUAUAAAAGUUCUGAAAACACAGUCUUCUAAAUAAUUGGUGGGGAAACAAAGAAUUUUAAUACAUUAAAAACUAUCUUUUUCUCAUUGCAAUUUGUAAUAUGCUGACAACAGAAUGAAAAUUACACAAUUUGCUUGUUACAUUCCGGGUUUUCAGGUUUAAAUAACCUACUAGCCUUUUUUUGAAAGGGAAUAAUGAGUGGAUAGGUAAGAGUUUAUAUUUUGAAGCAAUGUUGUCUGUUCUCUAAUACCUGUUUCAACCAUUCACUAGUAAGGUGACCUUGGCCAAAUUAACCUUUGUUUCCUCUUCGGUAAAAUUGAGAUUAUACUACUACCUACAUAGGUUGUUGUUGUGAAGAUUAAAUGAGGUAAUACAUUAAAUACUCAGAAGUGCAUGACAUAGUAAGCACUCAAUCAUAACUACAGUUAAGUCCUUAAUGUCAUCAAAAGGUUCUCAGAAGCUGACUUUAAGCAAAAUGACAUGUAGAAGAAAGUCCUUGAAUAAUGUCAUUUCCUUCUAAGUGGUUUAUAACAUUGAUGAGAAAAAAACCCUUGGUUUCUUAAUGCAUCAUUUCAUUUAAAGUCACAAUUUCCAUGAAUCUCAAUAAGUGAGGACUUGCUAUAUUUUGUUUUCAUGGAGUUUGCCCUUACUGACACUAAAAGGCCCCAUACUUAAGAUUCCAUCUACUUUAAGUUAAAGGAUUUAAAAAAAUCAACUUAAGUUUCACAUGUGUUAGCAGGAUUAAUUUAUCUGAUAUCAUUUAUUAAGCAGUAAACUUAAAUAAAUACUAUCUAGACAUCUACUCUAGUUCGUGAUAAAAUGUUUAUAGAUUUUAUUAGUUUGAAACUAAUGGUUUAUAUACAUCUAAGUUAAGGACGGGAGCUUUCUUUCAGACAUUCAGAACACAUUUGUAUAAAAUGACCAGAUGUCUGGUAUUACCAAGAACUCUUAAUGAAUUUAAUAAUUGUCUGAAUUUCCUAAUUAGAGACUUAACUUUAAAGUAACUUGAGAUUUCACAGCCAGUAAAUAUUUCUUCAAAGCUUUCAGCUCCCAUGUUUAUUCAGCCAAUGAAGAAACCAGACUGCAGGCUAUAUUACAGCAAGAUAGCAUUAUUUAGCCAUUGAUCUUUAUAUUUUACCUUGAAUGAAUUGAAUGAAGAAAAUGUAUUUUAGGGAUAAAUACUAUCAAGGAUGAAUUUUAUACUAAGGUUAUGUGAAUGAAAAAUAAAUGUUAAAAAUCACUAAGCCAAAGGGAAGUCAAGGUAGGAACUUACUGAGGCAAACCUGCCUCCCACUUAUUCCUAGAUAAGACAGCCCACAAGGAUAAAAUUUGCCCACAAGGAAAUUCCUUGUGGACAGAGGACAGACAGAACUCAAAGCCAUCCUUCUGCUCACGUGAAACAAAUGCAUGAAUGAUUGCUUCCUCGGCCCGGGGUUUCAGUAAACCAUAUUAAAAUAUAACGGACUAUACCUCUACCUUCCUCUCACAUGUAAAUUGUAUAUUCAGAGAAAGGCUAAUCAGAAAGUCAAGAGAAUGCAACCGUUUUUCUCUUACCUGCUUAUGGUUAAAGCUCCCUCCCUUCUUCGAGUUGUCCCACCUUUUAGGACGAAUGUACACCUUACACAUACUGAUUGAUGUCUCAUGUCUCACUAAAAUGUGUAAAACCAAGCUGUGCCCCAACCAACUUGGGCACAUGUGGUGAGGACCUCCUGAGGCUGUGUCAUAGGCACAUCCUUAACCCUGGGAAAAUAAACUUUCUAAACUGACUUGAGACCUAUCUCAGAUAUUUUGAGCUCACAGUAUUAAAGUGGGGAUUAACUUAAAAUUAUGUGUAGAAGUAGCCUGUGACAUAGUCCUAGAUACAUAAAUUAUCAUCUAAUGUAUCUUCCCUCCCCCUUCCAGCAUCUGAUAAAACACAGAUGAAAUCUGAAAAACCUUGACAGUAGUAUUUUUAAAAUGACGUUAUUUGAAACUAAAAAAUAAUUUGUAAAACCAACUGUUGUGUUCUAUCACUGCCAAGGGAAAGUUACAAAUUAGAACAUAAUAUGUACUAUGUGCUUGCUAUUUAAUAAUUUAUCAAUAUUAGCCUUUUAAAUUCAGAUUUUGUUUUCUUAACCUAUGAUUCUUUAUGAAACAGUUUCAGUUAUAAUAGCACAAAAAAAGCAUGUUACAUAAGCUUAAUUUCUUUCCCCUUCCCACUUUCCCACUCAGAUGACUUAGUGAUCUGGAGUUGUGUGCUAAGUGUACUCCUCAGAUGACCUAAUAUUACUAAGAUUUUAGCAAACAUUAAAAUAUGUUUAAACACUUACCAAUAUUAAAAUAAGCACUGUUUAUUGAAUUUAAUACGUGACAACCACCGUGCUGAGCUCUGUAUGCUUCCCUCAUUCAGUGUAUGUACAGAUUUGGGGGAAGAAGCUGAGACUUUAUUUCCCAAAGUCACAGUUCUUGACAGAGCUGGGAUUCAGUGUUUUCUUUCUUCAAAAAGCUAAGUUCCUUGCCUGACAGCAGCUUAGCUCCUGAGUUAGGGAAUGAAAGUGGCCAGUUUUCCACUCCUCAGCUUGUGGAGGAGCUUGAGUACAAGAACAUCAACUAAGCCCCUAACAUCAAGGGCAGGAAAAUGGAAAGGAGAAUUUUUAGACUUUUAAAGCACAGAAAUAACUGGUGAAUCACAUACCACAGCAGGUACCUUUAAUUUUUUUACCGUGAUGUUGUAUGACUUCCUAAGGUAGGUAGUCAGCAUAGUUUGUAGUAAACAAUUUUUAUUAUUGGAAGUGUAAGUAGAAUGCUACUGAUUCACUAGUUAAAGAACAUUUAUAAGGCUAUUAAAACAUCAUCUGGAAUUAAAGCAGCAUAAUUUAUCCCACCACAACUUUUAACCAUAAAAUCCUAUUACCAUUUUUAUUUUAUUUUUUAUUUGCUAUUUUAAUAUUUUAAGAAACUAAAUACAUUUUAAUCACACAGACAAGCAGAUAAGUAAGGCUUCUUCUACCAGGUGGAUUUGUGAAAUGCAAAAUAAGCAAAAGGAAAUAAACAUUUUGCUCCCCACAGAUGCAGAGAUGUCUUUUAACCCAAAUCUCCUAAUGCAUGAUGGAAACAAACCCAAAAUAAAUGCAGGGUCAUAUGUACUAUAACUGUUGGGAAUUGAAUGCAUAUGUUCUUCAGUUUCACUUCUGGAAAUAAAAUUUAGGUAACUUAUUAUACACUUUAUCUGAGUUAAAGAUAGAAAACAAUAUACUUUUAUGUAAACUGCUAUGGCAAUCUAAAGUUUACAGUAAUUCCUUUUAUACAUACUUCAUAUCUUUAGACCUUUUAUAAGGAAUAAAGCUAAUUGUAUACUAAGUUUAACAAUAAUCAGAAAAUAUUCUUCAAAAGAAUUUCCUGAAGUGGGUUGGCAGGUAUAAAGCUCAUAAUUGCCAAGAUACUUAUAUUAGGGACAUGAACCCAAGUCAAUAAAUAAAAAUAAGAUAUUUGUAAAAAAGUGCUAUAGAAGAAGGUGCACACAAAACAUGCACUUACACAUACUUUCCAAAAGGAUGUAAACUGUACUUUUAGGCACUGUCAUCUCUUCAAAUUUCCUUUACCAAUGAUAUAGCACAAUUUUUGAUGUCUAGAUGGUGCUGUAGGAAGAUGACUAAGGCAACCACGUGCAGAAGAGCAUGUGUGUAACGCACAGAAAAUAUAAAGAUCACAUUCCAAAAGUGAAGAUCUGUAAUGAGUUUGCCAUCUGAAAUGUCUGGAGUGUGUUCCUGUCAUUAAAAAAUGAAAAUAUAUGCCACCACUGGAGUCAUAUCACGAAAUGGUACCUGAUGUGUACAUUCUACCUUUAAGAUUACUUUUUAAACAGGCAAGACAUCUAUGCUGUUUUAUAGGUGGCUAUGUGACUUCAGUACUUUAUAAUAAAUAGCCAGUCAAUCUUGAGAGCCAGCUACUUCUCUUAAAUUCUAGUAUAAGAUAUAAAUAUUCAAAAUAUGGAAUGUUUAACAUAGAUAUUCGAAUGAAAAAAUGACAGUCUUCAAAAUUUCCCAAGUUUUGCCAUAUUGCAUAGCUGAAAAUUCAUCUACUACUUAGAAAAAAGUGCUCUGUUCAUUCAAGCAGAAUUUUGCUCCAAUCUCCUUCAGUUUCCUUCUUUCAUACUGUAUAGUGGAUCCACAAGUUUAUUGUGCACAUGCAUUAGACCUUAAAGAAAAAAAGCACAGUUCCAGUUGUUUUUGUUAAUUUUGAACUAUCCCAUUUACUUUAGACAACAAAAUAUUUUUAUAAGAUACAGUAAGUCUGUUUGGUUCUCAUCUUGAUAUAAAAUAGUCAAGUUUAUUGAAAAAGUACAAAUAGAAAUGUUUCAGAAUGUCUAGUUUUAUCUACCUAGCAAAUACCAAUUUAUAAUUAGGUAACAGUGCAGAUCUAGAAUGUGUACAGGUACUGUGGGAGUAACCAGAAGAGCUGUUCUGGUCUUCAAAGAGAAUCAGUAUGACAAAUUUAAAUACUAACUUAGAUAAUAUAUUUUAAUUACAUCUAAAAGUCUAUAUUGAUAUUGAUCCUCUGGCAGUUCCUCUAUUAGAUUGUAGUGAGGAGCUCAGAACUGCUGUCUUACUCUUAAUACAUGACCCUAUCCAUUCAUCUGGCAAAUUAUUUUCAACUAGUUCGGCAUGUGUAUUUACCACAAAGGUUGACUACAAAUUCUACAUUGAGGGAGGGUUACUAAAACAAUACGGAAAACAACCUGUACUAAAUCAUUUACUUCAGAAUAGAAAUUUAGAUUUUAAAUCAGGUAGAUUGUAACUUUCAUUUUAUAAUUGGUACAUAUGCUUGCAGACUGUUAUUACCUAUGAAAGCUUCUUGGGAAAUAGCUGAUCUUCCAGUUGCUUCUGUCUUAAUGCCUCAGAACUGUAGUUCUUUGGGGAGAAAAAAAGUUCUAAAAAGACUGUCUUUAACUCAAUUAAUAAACUAGAAAUUUUAUAUUCUGGAGGGUAAAGAAAUGAAUUAAAUUUUCCAGGUAAUUAAGAACAUGGGAGGCUGGGGAAAGAUACUUACAACUCAGUUUUUGCAGGAAAUGGGAUUAUUGGAUUGGAGAGAUAGGGUGCUUGUUAGUACAUAGAUGCUCCUUGUCAGAAAGGCUGCAAAAAGCACUCUAAAAUCCCAGCUUUGAGAAAGACCCACUUUUAAGGGACAAGCAAGAAACACUGGCAAGCGUUUGUGUAGUAGCAGAAAUUCUAACCAUAAGAACAGGAGUCUUCAAAGGAAGGAAGGGGGAAGCAUUCCAUUCACUAGUGCUGCAACUGAAAGUAAGAGAAUGCUUACUUCUCAACAGUCUACUUGAAGGUCAUAUUAGCACCUGAAACUUAACAUCCAGUAGGAGAGGGAAAAACAAAGAUAAGGAUAUAUCAACUGUAUGAUUUAGAAGAGGUAACAUUUUCCAGAGUAUCACUUUGUGGAGGAUCAUUUUUCUGCUUAAAUAGUAUUCAUCUGUCAUUUGCUAACAACUAUGAUUAUGGAAAGAAUACACAGAACUUUAAAGUACAUGAAACUUAACAUAUAAGGAAAAACAUUAAAAAUUCAACUCCUUUAUAAAGUUUGUUUUUCUAUAUAUUGGAUAUAUCUUUUAUACAUCAAACAGGACUGCUUCCAAACUAGAAGUAUUUUGAAAACUCUAUUAACUGCUUUUUAGAUAUUAAGUCAAAUAUUUACUGUAACCGCAGGUAAAAACUGACAACUUUCUACAUAUAAAUUUUAUAUAAAUAAUUGCUAGUUAAGUCAAUGUGAAAUAAUUAUUCUGAUAAAAAUGCACCAGACUUCCUGACACCUUACCAGAAGAAAGGUUAACUGUCACAGAUUCUAACCAAUGUCUAAUCAAAGUAACUUUUAUGAUUUUGACUCAAAAUGAACUCAUUCUACCUUUGUCAAACUACUAGAGUGUAGCCUACAUACAAAGAGAAACAAAUUCAUGAUGACAAUGUCAUGAAAAUAUACUAAAAUCAAAGACAUAAAGCUGUUCUAUUUAAAAAGCAAAAGUGAAAAGCAAGAAUGAAUAAAACAAAUCCCCAGGUACUAAACUCAUUUUCUUGUGAUUUGUAUCUUUCAAAAGGUACAUAGUGAAAUAUACUUGCAUUUACUGACAAUUUUUGUUGUUUUGGAUCUAGUCAACUUUGAUCUUAUCUAGGCAUUAAAUGGAACCCUUUAAGAUUCUGGCUGGCACUUUUUAGUGAUGACAGAAGACAGGGUAGUGAUGUGAAUGGAAUUUGAAGAGUCAUGGAUGACAAUUACAGGAAUUUACAUCCUCCAGUAUUUUGAUAUACUAGUAACUCAAUGGAGGGAUGAAAAAUAUACAAACUACAUUUGAAAUGUGUACAUUUACGAAUAUUUAUUUGCUCUACCCUUUACUAAAAUACUAUAAAAUUAGGUCCCUAUGUAGCCCAGAAUAUCUAAAUUCUGUCUUUAUAUUGAAGGAGGUAUCCUAACAGAGGCUGGUAUCCUGAAGCCUCUUGAGAAAUACAGCUCCAAAGUGGAAAAUACUAUUUCCUCUUUAGGCAAUGCAGCUACCCUCUUAUGAAUGGUCUAUUUCAAAAAUUUUCAGAAAGGCUUACAAUUUAAAUAGAUGAACUGAAAGAACUAAAUACAUAUAAACAACUACCACCCUUCCAAGUUAAAUUCUCUAACGUAUGUCUAUAUACCUUUUUUGGAAGCAUUAUGAUUUGGGGAAAACAAAGCAGAUGGAAAUAUGGUUUUGAUGUAGAUGUUACCUUACCUAGACUUUAUUGUGGAAGGUAGUAUAACAGAAUAGACUAAAGCCUGUACUCCAGAGAUAGUUGAUUUUGAUUUCUAUUACCCAGCUCUGCCCAAAUAUGAGCUGUAUAACUUUGGGUAAGUAGCUCAACGUCUCUCUGUCUGUUAAGCCUAUUAAUUCAUUUAAAAAUGAGAGUAUGAGUAUCCAUUUCAUAACAUUUUUUGUAAGAAUUAAGUAAAUCAAUUAAGUAAAAUGCAUUUAGAAAGGUGCCUGGUCAUAGAGAUAUGGAGUGUUACUAAGUAUUUUGUUAAAUAUUCACCAAAAUGUAAAAGUCUGAUAACCAAAUUGUGACAAAAUCAGAUAGUACAGGGAUUUAUCUGGGACUUACUAGGACUAGAAAAUGGCAUCUUAAAUGAAUUUUCUUAAAACUGGAAUUAAAAUUUGUGGAUAGUUAGGAUUCUGGGAUGAAAUCUGAAGGAUUACAUGGAAAAAUACAGUUAAAACUCCGUCAAAAGCUCGUUUUAUUCACAAGUCUUUGUUUUUACGUAUCAAAUCAGAAAGAAGCUAACAGUUUUUCAGUUUAAUCUAUUUGUGGCUUUGUAAACUAGUAAUUUAAAUGAUAAAAAUAUAAAUGACUGGGAAUAAUCUUUAAACAAUAAGGGAAAAAUGACUGGAAAUAAUCUUUAAACAAUAAAGGAAUGUUUAAAUAAA